AUGAUUGCUGUUUUGUUACUCUACUGGUUUCGAGUAAGCAGACGCAAACUCUUAAGUCAAAACAGUGUUCUCAAUCUCCAUAUAUUUUUCGGAACGCAAACUGGAACUGCGGAGCUGUACGCACAUCGUCUCGAUGCCCUUUUAUCCCAAGCGUCAAAUGUCGCCGUCUCCGUUGACAAUCUUAAACAUUUCCGAGAAGAGUCACUGUCUCGUGACAAUAGUACCCUAAGCAUAUUUAUAGUGGCCACGUAUGGCGACGGCGAACCACCCGACGAUGCAACCCACUUUUAUGAUUGGCUUCAGGCACACUGCGACCCCCUCACUGGCUUGCGCUAUGCAGUAUUCGGAUUGGGAGACUCUGGCUACCUAGAAUUCAACCAGUUUGCGAAGCAAGUCGACUGUCGUUUGAGCCUUCUGGGUGCCUCACGCUUACUGCCACUUUGUCUAGGAGACGCCUCGCGUAAUAUUGAGGCUGAUUUUCGCGCCUGGCAAAGGUCCAUCUGUCAGUUAUUCAAUAUGACAGAAUGUAAUAUCGAUGCAUUCCUCAAAACCGAUGUGCAGGAUUUGACUUUCGUGUAUCCUUCUCUUCCUGAGGUUGAGAGUUUGGGAGGAGCGUUUACUGGAGAACCUGAAAGGCUACUAUCUUUUAGGCACAACACACCGCCUUUUUCAUCGUCAAAUCCAUUCUUAGCUACCGUUACUCUCAAUCAGGAACUGUUCAGAGGUACUGAUCAGUCGUGUCGUCUUUUGGAGCUUAGUCUUUCUGGUUCUGGCAUAAAAUACACUGCCGGCGACCACGUAGCUGUUUUUCCACAAAAUUCUAAGGAGUUGGUCGAAAGAUUGUGUGAUCUGUUGCAAGUUGAUCCAGAGCAGCACAUUCACAUAAUUUCCGGACUGGUUUUCCGUUUCUACUAUUUGAAAACCAAUAAACUUAUAGUUAUUAUUGGCAUUGUUUCAAUGCCUCCAAAUACCUACGAGAAGUGGAUAUUGGCGACACGGCGCAAUGUUGUUGAGUUGCUGGAAAAUUUGCCCUCGUGCAGACCCCCAGCCGAGCUCCUUUGCCGGCUGCUGCCUCGUUUGCAAGUGCGCUACUACAGCGCAGCCUCCUCCUCCCGGUGCCAACCUGACCGGCUGCGGCUCAUUGUCAAAGUGGUGAAGUACACUUCUCUCAGCGGUCGAUUGCAUGAAGGAGUUGCGAGCAGCCUACUUUCGGGUCUGCAACCCCGAGACCGCGUCCCUGUGUUUCUGCAGCGAUCCGAAUUCCGGCUUCCUCGAAGUCCCAUGACCCCCAUCAUCAUGGUAGCCACUGGGACUGGCCUCGCUCCUUUUCUCGGCUUCAUUCAGGAACGAAAGUUUAUCAAGUCAAAAGGCGGGAAGCUAGGCGAGGCCGUGUUGUUCUAUGGAUGCCGAACACGCCGCGAGGACUACAUCCUUGCAGAUGAAUUGCAGGAUGCGCUUGACCAGGGCGUGAUUUCCGGCCUCCACACGGCCUUCUCACGGGAGACGACGCACAAGGUCUACGUGCAGCACCUGAUGCACCAACUGGCAGAUGCCAUAUGGUCCCUUCUAAAAACUAAAAAUGGGCAUUUCUAUGUGUGCGGGUAUGUUAUUUACGUUGCCAGUGAUGCCUUUUUUGUCCGUAUAGCCUUUCUUUCCGCCUCAGCAAUGCUCUGGGCUGUACCAAUUGCAUCGCUGUUCCGUUUUAGUGACCCUCGACGCACGGCACGGGGUGUGCGAGAUGCACUGCUGGACAUUAUCCAGCAGAAGGGCUCUCUCAAUUCCACUGAGGCCAGCGAGUUUCUGGAGCAACUGAAAUCAGCGAGGCGUUGCAUAUUUGAUACGUGGACGUAG